UAGUACUUUCGUAGUAUAGUUUUCAUAUCAGACUUACCAUUCACAAGCAAAGUGAAGAAAAAAGAGAAGAGUAAUUGUCGUAUUCUUAAUCGAAUAAUUCAGUAUCAGAUCUUACCUCAUUCAUAAAUAAUUGAAUCUGACCGACAACGAAUGAAAUGGAAAUAGUAUCCUUUGAAAAUUCCCUCCAAUUUAAUACCCUAUUCUGAUCAUUCCCCAUUGGAGAGCCCUUCCCUUUCUUUACUUUCUGCAUGAACUUCUUUCCACAACAAACCUUAAAGAUGCCCAAUACUCAGUCUUCUUCUUCUUCUUCUUCUUCUUCUUUUCUUGAUCUUUCUCUCCAAAUUAGUCCUCCCAAUAAUUCAACCUUCCCUACCUCUAUUGAAGCCUCCAAUGGAGUUCUUGGGGCUCAUAAAUUCAAUCAUUUAACUAAUGGGGUUUGGCUUUUGGAUCAUCAUCUUCCACCUUCUGAAGAUCAUCAUGGCCUCUUCAACCAAAUUUAUGGCUUCCCAAUUCAUCCCAAUAAUCCUUCAUCUUUCUCUUGGAAACACUCCAAACAAAUGCCUUCUUCUUCUUCUUCAAUCUUGUACUCGAACAUCUCUAGCUUCCGGUACCAGCUGAACGCUGGCCGGUCGUCGACGGGGGCGAGAGGACGAGGCGUGAGGGCGCCGAGGAUGCGGUGGACGAGGACCCUCCAUGCUCAGUUUGUUCAUGCUGUUGAGCUUCUUGGCGGCCAUGAAAGAGCUACGCCUAAAUCAGUUCUAGAGCUCAUGGAUGUGAAGGAUCUAACAUUGGCUCACGUCAAAAGCCAUUUACAGAUGUUUCGCGCUCAUAAAACGACCCCCAAGCUUCCAGCUUCUCCACGUAAUUCCUCAUCUACCUCAUUCGAGAUUUAUUUAUAGGUCUAAAAGUUUAAGCUGAUAGAGUUAUAAUGUGUUUAAAGGCUAGUCGGAGAGUAGCUACUCUCUCGAGGAUGAUAUGUGUCCUUAGCUUCAAUGGAGAAUGCCACGGUAGAUGGAAACCUAUGACUCCUUUCGACUCGAGGGGACAUGGGCUAUGGAUGCUCUAAGAGUCCACUUUGCUCUAUGAAUUUUACAAGGUGAAUUAUUAUGUUUCAAUGUUGAUUAGCUUGGG